UUUUCAAAGCAGUCAUACAUUUGUUUGUUUUGAGAUAACAAAAGUCAAUCAAUGUUUCAAAUGUUAAACAAUUUGCUUAUCAUUUGAAUCACAUGUUAAUGACAUUCAAUUCAUAAUAAAAACAUUAGAAAUGCAUUGAAUAGUAAUAUCAAUACUUAACUCAACAAUGAAUUUAGUUUUUAAUUUAGUGUUGAUUUUGUCAACAAGUAUUUGCAUCGGUAUUGCAGCCGAUGACCAACAUUUGAUCCAAAGAUUGCCCAAAAAUGGCCAAUACUUUGACGACAAGUCCAUUAACAGUGUGGACACAAUUGGUAAGAGUGGUCAUCACAGGACACCGGACUCGAUACCGGUGGGCAAACUGUCAGCACAUCCCGACUGUAAAGAGGAUAUCGAAAGGAUAUGCGGCCGAAUGGGCACUGAUUUGGACAACAAUUUAUCGGUACUGACGUGUAUUCAAAACAAAGAAAAGGAUACUUAUUUGUCUGAAGUGUGUCAUCACUUGUUGUGGUCAUUCAAACGCAAUCUGACCGAUGAUAAUAGUUUUGCCGGUUAUGCCAAAAAUGUGUGCAAUAGACUGAUCACCGAAAACGCCGAGUGCUUGAAGGCUGAAGACGAACAAGUGAUGAGUCCGAGCGCUAAUCUCAUGUCGUGUCUCAUUGAAAGACUCGUUCCCGAGACUGACGUCGAGUGCAAAAACUUUUUGACCAAAAUUGAGUUAAUUAUAUUCAGCGACUAUCGACUCAUUCAUAAGUUUACAGAUUUUUGUGCCAAAGAUAUUGAUGACUUGAAGUGCGGACGAAUCGAUAUGAAUGUCGACUCUUUCCACACUCAGGGAGAGACCAUUGAAUGUCUUGAGAAGUCUACCGAUAAGUUGUCGACUAAAUGUAAACAUCAAAUCUUAAGGAUUGCUGAACUUCAAAGCGAUGACUUCCAUCUGGACAGAGGACUGUACUUUGCCUGUCGUGACGAUCGGGAAAAGUUUUGUCAUCGCAUUGAAUCGGGAGACGGACGCGUCUAUCGGUGUCUUAUGAAGCAUAAACUCGAAAAAGAUUUGAGUCAUAAUUGUAGAGAAAAGUUAUUUCAGAGAGAAAUGUUGGCCAUUCGCGACUACAAAGUGGCCCAUGGAUUGGCCAAAACAUGCAAACAGGAUAUCAAGAAGUAUGAGUGUCGUGAAGACACUUCUGAUCACAAAGAGAUACGUUUGGCACAGAUUUUGCUCUGUUUGGAGAACGCCUUAAAUCAAAACCAGAAAAUUGAUUCUCAAUGCAGAGUUGAGAUGUUGUCUCAUCGCAGAAAUCUUAUGGAUAAUUAUAAUCUAACCCCAGAUUUAGUAUCUGCUUGUGAUAAUGAUAUUCAAGAAUUUUGUUCUGGUCUUGAAAAAGGUGGCAAAACUUUACAUUGUUUGAUGAAACAUACGAAAAGAAGUAGAGGUAAAGGCAUGAAAAGGGGGCAAAUUACCUCUCAAUGUCGAAGAUCUCUUGAGGAUCUACUUAAGGAAACCAACGUAGCUGAAGACUGGAGAGUGGAUCCAGUCUUACAAGAGUCUUGUCAAGCAUCAGUUGAAUUGGUUUGCAAGGAUAUUGAACCUGGAGAGGGAAGAGUCAUGGCUUGUCUAUUAGAUCACAUGAAUUCUAAAGAUAUUAGUGAUGAUUGUCGACAAAAUUUACAUCAAAUUCAGUAUUUUAUGGUUCGUCAGUUUGAAUUGGAUGCACCUAUUUAUAAGUCAUGUCAUACCGAUGCUGUUAAAUAUUGUCACGCAAAAAGAGAUUGGAUUAUUAAGCCGAGUGCUAUGGACUUAGAACGGGGACCAAGUGUUUUGUCGUGUCUGUAUAGAUAUGCUUAUCAUCCAAAUGACAAAACACGUCUGACUCCACAAUGUGUUUUUGAUAUCAGACGUGUUAUGAGACAGAGAGCCCAAUCCGUGGAUCUUAUGCCAGAUAUAGAGGAGCCGUGUAUUCAAGAUUUAUCCCACUAUUGUAGCGGUCAGUUUGAUGGACAACAAGAAGAUGAUGUUCUUAAAAAUGGUUACGAAACUGAAUGUCUUCAACAAAAUUACGAGAAUUUAGAGCCCAAAUGUCAACAGGCUAUCGGUAACUUUACUGAAGAUUUAGCCGCUUAUGUUGAACUUAAUUAUCCAAUAAUUAAAGUCUGUGCCGUUGCCAUUAAAGAUGUUUGUACCGGAAUAUUAGACAGAGAUAUAGAUGAAAGUGAUGUCAUGGAGUGUUUGAUUCUAAACAAGAAUAAGAAAGAAGUCAAACGAUAUCCUAAAUGUGUUGUCGCUAUCAAUCAUUUCCAAGUUUUGCAAUUAAAGAAUUAUAGAUUUUCGCACCGAUUUAAAGAGUUGUGUCGUCCGGAUGUCCUCCAAUAUUGUCCUUCAGUUACAACCAAAUAUGAAGUCAUUAAAUGUUUGAGUGGUAUUGUAUUCAAUGAUACUAUGAGUAGUCGACGUCGACAAAGAAUUUCAUCUAAUUGUCAAAAUCAGCUUAAAGUCGAGUUAUUGGAAAGAAAUGAAAAUAUACAAUUAGAUCCUAUUCUAGACAGAGCUUGUGCUCACGAUAGGAACUCCUUGUGUCCUAAUAAUGAACCCGGAGAGGGACGGGUGGUUGAGUGUUUGAAAUCAAAUAUGCAUCGACUGACCAAAGCUUGUCAGCGCUUGCUUUUUGAAAGACAACGGAUAGAAAUGGAUGAUAAUUCAGUAGACUAUCCAUUGGUCACUAAUUGUAAGGCAGCUAUUGUUAAAUUUUGUCCAAAUGAUGAUUACAAAGACAUACUGUUAUGUUUGCGCGAUCACCGGCACAGCAUAGGUAUGGACGACAGGUGCCGAACAAUUGUUAUUAAGCGUUUAGCUCAACAAAAUAGCGACUAUCGGUUAAAUCCACAAUUGAAGACUGCGUGCGAAAAGGAUGUCCCGAAAUUCUGUGCCAAAGUUCUCGACGAACAUCCAAAUGAUGAACAAUUAGAGGGCAAAGUGAUUGCUUGUCUUAAAAAACAAUAUGUAUUAAACAAAUUGACACAAACUUGUGAAACACAAAUUGUUUCUAUAAUUCAAGAAGUUUCUGAUAAUAUAGAAUUGGAUCCAAUUUUAUAUAAUUCUUGUAAAUAUGAAAUUAAGAUCAAAUGUUCACAAGAUGUUAAUGACAUAACAGAAUGUCUGAAAAUGAAGUUUCAAAAUAAAGAGAUAACAAAUGACUUGUGUCGUCGAGAAGUGGCCCGACUUAUCACUCAAACUAAAGCUGACAUUCACUCGGAUCCACUUCUCUAUAAAGUUUGUGUACAAGAUUUGAAACGAUUUUGUUCCGAUAUUCCCGUCGGACACGGGAGACAACUCUCAUGUUUGUUGGCCGAACACGAGUCGACAUCACAUUUGAGUCCUGAAUGUAAGACUAUGUUAACAAAAAGAGUUGAGAUGUUUGAAUAUGCGGCCCAAUUGGCGCCCGCAGAGAGUGUGGCCGAUGUCUAUAAAGUUGUGGCCUCUUCGCCAUCAAAGAACUAUUUUAUAUUUGUGUUGAUGUGUUGUGUGUCCGUCAUAUUCGCCGGCGGUCUCCUCUGCGGUCGAGUAACGAAACGAAUUGCCACAAAUGAUAAGAUUAAAUAAAUUUUAUUUAUUUAUUGUUUGUCUCAUCUAAUCAUUGUUUAUACAAAUUAUUAAUCUUUCAUAUCAAUUGUGACCAUAAAUUUUAAUGUUUUAAUCUAAAU